CGGCUGCUGCGGCGGCCAUUGCGGAGUACAACGCGCUCGUGGAGCAGAGCCUCGAAGCAGCGCCUGAUAAAACACCUGAAGAAACACCUGGAGAGGGAAGGGCGCCCGUGCCUACGUGCACGACGCACGAUGGCGCAACAGGGCUCAUUCGUCCGCAUGUGCCUCUACCCCAAAAGGUCCUAUCGCGAACAGUGUCGGAUCCAGGGGGUGGUAACCCUGCCGUUACGGAGCAAGGUGGCAAAACGGCUGUAGCGGCAGGUGGUGAGGGUGAGGGCGGUGCCCUUAAUGGGGAAGGUAUGCAGGGUGGGAAUAAUGGUGGCAGUGGUGGUAACACUAGUGGUGGUGGUGGUGGUGGUAGUGGUGCCGGCGGCGGUAGUGGUGGGGGGCUGUUAAAGUGGCUAUCGUGGGGCAAGGCAAAGCUAGGCGGAAAGGGGAACUCUAAGCGGCGGAAGGGGAAGGAGGAGCAGCAAGGCAGUUGCGAGGAGGGGACGAAGGGGCGCGCUGCGGAGGAGAUUAAGGGGCAGGUUCGUGGUAGUGAGGCGAGGGGUGGCUGUGGCGGUGGUGGCGGCGGUGGUGGUGGGGGCAGUGGUGGUGGUGAUGCAGGUGGAGUGGGGGUUGGAUGGGUAGGUGCCGGUAGUGGUGUUAUCGUCGGUGGUGGUGGCGGUGGUGGUGGCACUGGUGAUGUUGGUGGUGGUGGCACUGGUGAUGUUGGUGGUGGUGGUGGUGGUGGUGGUUCCUUCUCUGCUGCGAGCGCCGCUUCAAGAGCUACUUUGGGCACGUGGCUGCACGAGAACGAAUUGGAUGAGGAUGGGAAUGACGUGGAGGAUGCUGACGUGGAAGGAUUAGGUGAUGAUGAGGUGGAACAGAGGGCUGCGGAACAGGGGGGAAUGCUGGGUGAGGAGGAGGGGGAGAAGAGGGAGGAGGAAGAGGAGGAAGAGAUGGAGGAAGAGGAAGCGGAGGAGGAGAGGGAGGAGGAGAUGUGUGUAGCAGAGGUGGAGGAUGAAAAAGGUGAAGGGCGCUCGUCUGUUGGACAGUGCGAAGAGAGAGAGGAGAGGGAGGAGGGAGGAGAGAGGGAAAGAGAGUGGGAGGAGGAGGGAGAUGGGGAAGGGAAGGGGAAGGGGAAAGGGGAGAAGGAGGGGGAGGGGGAGAGGGAGAGGACGGAGGAAGGGGAGAGUAGUGGUGUGGUGGGAGUGGGUUCGGAAGGGUUUCACUUCGACGUGUCCUGCAACCAGGCGGAGGCGGAGGAGGGGACUAUUAGUGCUGUAACUGCUAGAACUGCUGAAAAAGCCUUUGGAACCGAAGCUCUGUCAACCAGAGGUUUGAAUGGUACAGGAAGUGCUCUCGAGAAAGGUGGAGAGGAGGAGGGCGUGAAGGAAGAGGAGGAGAAGAAGGGGGUAGAGGAGGAGGGAGAGGAGGAGGAAGAGGAGGAGGAAGAGGAGGAGGAAGAGGAGGAGGAAGAGGAGGAGGAGAGGGACUCGGAGGAGGAGUUGAGGGAGAGGCAGCAGCAGGAGUGGCAGCGGCAGUGGCAGCUGCAGCAGCGGCGGAUAGGCCUAGUGGUGACAGGCGGGGAGGAUACAGCAGGGGGUGGUACCAACGGGGGGCGUAGCAGCAGAGGGGGCAGCAGCGGAGGGGGCAGCAGCGGAGGAAAAGGGCAGGGAGCUAGUGUAAGGGGUGCUGAGACCACCAACCCGUUCCUGUGCAACAGCGACUCUUUUGGAGACAAGUCAGGCAAGGGCAGCUGUGGGGAAUACGGUGCUGGCGGCUUUGGCGAAGUGGGAAGCGAAGUUGCUGGUUACCCUGUUAUGCUACCUCACAUUGACACUCCUGGAAUCGUCAACACGAAUCCGUUCGCAGCAGCAGCUGCAGCAGAGGCCGAGCAGGAGCAUACGUGGCAGGCGCAACUGGGGCAGGUGCUACCUGGGCAGGUGGUAUCUGGGCAGGUCGUAUCUGGGCAGGUCGUCUCUGGGCAGGUUUCGGGUGCUAGUGCAAACGGCAGCAGCAAGACUCUACCACCGUCCCUCUGGCCUGCUUACCCUGCGUCCCCAUCCUCCCCCUCUCCUGUGUCCCGCCCUUCCCAAUCCCCUCCCCCUGUCCCUUCCGCCGCCCCUGCCCCUGCUCCUGCCCCUGCCCCUGCCCCUGCCCCUGCCCCUGCCCCUGCCCCUGCCCCUGCCCCUACUGUUGCCCCUACUCCUGCCCCUCCUUCUGCCCCUGCCCUGGCCUUUGUCCCUGCCCCUCCUCCUGCCCCUUGCCCUGCUCCUGCCGCUUCCCCCGCCCUCUCCUGUGCUACUGUCACUGCUCCCACUUCUAAUGGCGCUUCCUCAGUGGUCACAAGCGGUGUUUCAGCCAAUCCUAAGAUUCCUGCAGUUACAGGUGUGGAGAGCGGUGAAGGGAAAGACGAGAGCACUUCAGAGUCGACUCACAGGGAAGGAGAGAGCAGGGCGACGAGUGAGGGGCAGCAGGGGCCGGGCAGUGCAGGGAAAAAGCGAGUGCGGUUCAGAGCGGUGGGUGCAGAGGGGGAUGAACCAGAGGAGGGUGGAGAGCACACAAGGGAAGACGAUCAGGCCAUGGGAGGUUCGCCCAGUGGUAACCAGCCAGGAGCUUGUAACCAGGCGAAAGGUGGUAACCAGGCGAGGGCGGGUUCGCCUGGGCGGGUGGGGGCUGGGCGGGGAGGGGCUGCCCCCCUGGGCUUGGCACAGCGCAUAUGCUGGGUGCCUGCUUCUGCCUCCAAAGCUGCUUCUGCUGAUGAUGGUGCUGAUAUGGGUGGGCAAAAGGAGGAGGGUGGGGUAGGGGAUUUGACUCAGAAGCUGGACCAGACACCGGACCAGAAUGUUGACUUGGGUCAACGGAUUUGUCUGGAGAAGGGGAGUUGUGAUGCUGCUGCUGAGCCUGCAACCACUGCACAGCGUACUGGUGGUGGUGCUGGCGCUGGGGAGAACAGCAGGUAUGAGGUGGGAGGGCUGGAGGUGUGUGGGAGUGAUGGGGACGAGGAGGAUGGGGGGGGACAGGCGAGAACAGGUGCAGAGGAGUGGGAGAAGGAAGGGAGUGUGAUUGGGGAGGGGAGUGUGGUGGGAGAGGGGAGUGUGAUUGGAGAAGAGAGUGUGGUGGGGGAGGGGUGUGUUGUUGGGGAGGGGAGUGUGGUGGGAAGAGAGGAGAGGGUGGGGGUGGUAUGUGAAAGGGUGGAAGCAGAGGGGAAGGCGCCAGUAGUUCGUGGAAGGGAAAGAGGAGGGGAGGAUGUGAGUGGUUGGGAGGAGGGAGGUAGAGGGAAGGGUGAGGUGAGGGUAGCUUCAAGAAUUGAUGGAGGGAGGGUGAUAGCAGGCGGAGUGGGUAAGAUGGCGGAGGAAGGACAAAAGAAGGGGUAUUUACCCAGAACGCCAUCCCCGCCAGCAGGCCCAAAGCCGAUCUCUUCUGGACGAUGUGGGAGAGGUGGAGCAGUAACAGGCGCAGGAGCAGCAAGAGCAGGAGCAGCAAGAGCAGGAGCAGCAAGAGCAGGAGCAGCAAGAGCAGGAGCAGCAAGAGCAGGAGCAGCAAGAGCAGGAGCAGCAAGAGCAGGAGCAGCAAGAGCAGGAGCAGCAAGAGCAGGAGCAGCAAGAGCAGGAGCAGCAAGAGCAGGAGCAGCAAGAGCAGGAGCAGCAAGAGCAGGAGCAGCAAGAGCAGGAGCAGCAAGAGCAGGAGCAGCAAGAGCAGGAGCAGCAAGAGCAGGAGCAGCAAGAGCAGGAGCAGCAAGAGCAGGAGCAGCAAGAGCAGGAGCAGCAAGAGCAGGAGCAGCAAGAGCAGGAGCAGCAAGAGCAGGAGCAGCAAGAGCAGGAGCAGCAAGAGCAGGAGCAGCAAGAGCAGGAGCAGCAAGAGCAGGAGCAGCAAGAGCAGGAGCAGCAAGAGCAGGAGCAGCAAGAGCAGGAGCAGCAAGAGCAGGAGCAGCAAGAGCAGGAGCAGCAAGAGCAGGAGCAGCAAGAGCAGGAGCAGCAAGAGCAGGAGCAGCAAGAGCAGGAGCAGCAAGAGCAGGAGCAGCAAGAGCAGGAGCAGCAAGAGCAGGAGCAGCAAGAGCAGGAGCAGCAAGAGCAGGAGCAGCAAGAGCAGGAGCAGCAAGAGCAGGAGCAGCAAGAGCAGGAGCAGCAAGAGCAGGAGCAGCAAGAGCAGGAGCAGCAAGAGCAGGAGCAGCAAGAGCAGGAGCAGCAAGAGCAGGAGCAGCAAGAGCAGGAGCAGCAAGAGCAGGAGCAGCAAGAGCAGGAGCAGCAAGAGGAGGAGCAGCAAGAGCAGGAGCAGCAAGAGCAGGAGCAGCAAGAGCAGGAGCAGCAAGAGCAGGAGCAGCAAGAGCAGGAGCAGCAAGAGCAGGAGCAGCAAGAGCAGGAGCAGCAAGAGCAGGAGCAGCAAGAGCAGGAGCAGCAAGAGCAGGAGCAGCAAGAGCAGGAGCAGCAAGAGCAGGAGCAGCAGCAGCAGGGGGGGGCGGAGUGGGCACCGGGUCUCGGCCCGGAGAUGGGCUGGAGGGAGGAGACAUGUCUAAGGGCGAAAGUGAAUCAACAGGAGGGAGUGCAUCAGAGGAAGGGAGUCCUCUAAAGGCAGGGAUAGCACCAGAAGGAGCAUUAGAAGGAGGGAGCUCACCAGGGGGUGGAAGCCCACGUGUUCCCUCUCCUCCCACUGGUCCCCGCCCCAAAUCCCCCCUGGGGCAGCUGAACGCACGGAGGAAAGUGGCUCGCUCGCUCACAGUCGCGCUUAACAAGAGCUUGUCCCUGCCCUCGCCUAAGGAGAGUGGCAGUGCUGUUAGCAAUACCGCCAACAGCAACACCACCACCACCACCACCACCAACAACAUCGACAACACCAGCUGUAGCACCACUGCUGCCGCCACCACCAGUUGCAGCAGCAUCCGGAGUGACGGCAGCAGGAACUCCCUCACUGCUGUCUCUGCAACCCAGUCAGUAUCGGGCUCGGCAGGGAAGCAGCGGGUUGAACUGCCCCAGAAACAGGCAGUGCCCCUAGUGCCACCACGAAAGCCGGCGCCUCUGAACAGAGGCAUCACAGGAAGACCAGCAGCAGCACCUGGUGUAUCCGCUGCUGCUGGAAAAACGGCUACGUCACCUCGGAAACCCGCCGAGGCGUCUCAGAAGUCGCCUGGUGGCUGCACGAAAGCUGCCACGUCACCCCGGAGAUGUGCUUUCGGGCGGUCGACAGCCGCCCCUCCUGUGCGGUCAAAGUCUGGCGGUUCUCCUGGCGAGCGGGCUUUGUCCCCUGCUGCGGGUAAGCGGGUGGCAUCGUUUAUCUCUGUCUGCUCUGCCAACUCUAUUGGCUCAGUUGUGUCUCCUCGCCCCUCCUCAGCUGCAGCUGCUGCUAGUGCUUCUACUGGUGCUAAUGAUGCUGCAAGGAAGGUUGAGAGCGAGGGUGCAUUCACGUACAGUAUGGUUGAUGAUGGUCUGGUUACCAGCAGCAGCAUCCGAAGCAGCGCAACCACCGCCAGCACAUGCACGACCUGGAAGAGGACUGCCGUGGCUGUGGGGGAGGAUUGUGCUGAUGGUGCGGGUGGAGGUGCGAGGGAUGACAGCAGCGUGGUGGGUCCAGCGAAAGACAUGGAGGGAAGCAGGGUGGCCAUCAGUGAUGGAAGCGAUAUUCAGAUGUGA